UCAAUACCGCCCUUUAAGUACAGAGCGUUUCUGGCAUGUUUCCCGAGAAAGUCGUCGUUAAAGUUUAUCGUGACGAGUUGUUUGGAUAAAAAACACCGUGGAAUAGUUAAGAUUGUCCAGUUUUUUUAUCGAUUAGCGACAAAAUGAAGGUGCAAGAGCUGCCCGAUGGCAUUACUGCGGGAAAUGUUGCGGAACAGGAAAUGGCCGGCGCUCAGGAUACGAUUUACUUGUGCAAUUUCCGCGUGUCGGUUGAUGGCGAGUGGCUCUGCUUGAAGGAGUUGCAAGAUGUGGAGUUUAAUAUGCAGGAAUCUAUUAAUAACAAGGUCAUGUCGCCACCCACCCCUGAGCAUAUACCGAUGUUUGGUCGAGACCCGGUGGUUAUUGAACGAAGUAACUUGGUUAACAUCAGCAAAUUGGUUGUGAAAGAGCUGAUCGAACAGUCUCUGAGAUAUGGCAGAAUGUUGGAUUCAGACCAUAUGCCUCUGCAACACUUCUUUAUUGUCUUGGAGCAUGUUCUGAGGCAUGGCCUAAAGCCGAAAAAGGGAUUGUUAGGACCAAAGAAGGAACUGUGGGAUAUAUUGCAAAUGGUUGAAAAAUAUACUCCAGAAGCACAAGAUAUUACUGCAAGUGUUAGAGAUCUUCCGACAGUCAGAACCCACAUGGGUAGAGCUCGUGCCUGGCUCAGGAUCGCCCUAAUGCAGAAGAAACUCGCCGAUUACUUGAAAGUGUUAAUCGAUCACAAAGACGAAGCUUUAGUCGAAUAUUUCGAACCAGACGCCUUGAUGCUGAGUGACGAAGCCAUAAUCAUCAUUGGAUUGCUGGUCGGUCUAAACGUCAUCGAUUGCAACCUCUGCGUUAAGGAAGAAGAUUUAGAUUGUCCUCAAGGUGUUAUUGACUUUUCCUUGUACUUGAGAUCACCAAAUCACGUCACAAGUGAGUCAAAUAACGACGAUCAAGAUAAUAUGGUCACGGUCCUGGAUCAGAAAAAUUACAUUGAAGAAUUGAAUCGUCAUUUAAACGCAACAGUUGCCAACUUACAAACCAAAGUCGAGAGUCUGACAACGACGAACGCACUGAUGAAGGAGGAUCUCGCCAUUGCCAAAAACAACCUGCUGGCCCUCUACGAGGAAAACAGGCAAUUAAGGCAGGAAUGUGGAAAAGAUCCAGGAGGAUAUGCCAUGAGUUUAAGUGGAGUGAAUAUAAUCAACACAAACGAUAAAGAAUCUAAAGUUGCCACUGGAGAAAUGGAGGAAUUGAAACAAAGGUUAGAAGAAGAAAGAAAAUUAAGACAGGAAGCAGAUCAUGAACUAGAAAUACAGAUGUGCCUUAAGGCUGAAAUGGAGGUAGCUAUGAAACUUUUGGAGAAAGACAUUCACGAGAAACAGGAUACGAUAGUAUCUUUACGCCGACAGCUUGACGACAUUAAGCUAAUCAAUUUGGAAAUGUACAAAAAGUUGCAAGAAUGCGAGAUGGAGCUGACGCAAAAAGGCGAAAUGGUCAGCCGGCUCCAAGCGAAAGCCGGCCAGAUCGGCAAGAUCUUGAACAAUCUCGAAAAAUAUAAUCAUCUGCUUAAAGACGACAGGAAGUCGCUGGACAGGCGCCUCGAGAAGCGAUCGUCCUUACAUUGCAAAGUCGAGAACAAGGAAAACAUUCCUAAAAACCUGCCGCUCGUCAAAGAGGCGGUUACCGACAAAGACGCCAAAGAGUGCUUAAAGAAAGUGGAAGAAUCAAAAACGGGAAGUAAAGAUCAGACGAGUAAGGAGGAAUUGGUGGAUGAAGCGAGACUCUCCUCCGAUUCUACCGAUUCUUUCGUUAAAUUAGAUUUGGACUCGGAUGAACAAAACAACCCGUAAAUUCCUUAGAUCAGAAAAGAUUUCUUUGUUCGCGAUAAAUAUUUUUGAACCAGUUCAGGGUUUACUAUGCACAGUAUAAAAUGAGGCAUUGCCAGUACCGUAUAAUACCGAACUAUAGUAGAAAUUACGAGAUUUUACCUCCUUUUAACAUUUGACAUCAUAUACCGCUAAGGCAUGGAGGCACCCAAAUUUGUUUUAAUUAUUGUGAAAAUAUCGUCCACGAUGAUGAAAAAAAAAUCUGGUAAAGUUUGAGUUCUUAAUAUUAAUAUUAAGAGAGUGAGUUUCUAUUUUCCAUUUAAAAACAAGGGGAAACAUUUUUUUUUAAUUUUAUAGUGUUCUAACAAAUCAGCGUAUUGUAAAAGUCUAUACAUAUUUUUGUAGGAAAUUGAAUGUUCUUCAAAACAGUUCUGAUAUGAUUUUUUAUUUAAUCGACUCGUUUGAAAAUUAUUGAAGGUUAAAGUUCAACUUCAAAUCGUAUGGGAUAACUUAAACAAUUUUUUAUAUUUUAUCACGAAAUAAUGGCUCAAAAACAUAAAAUAUCGAGUGUAAUUGCAGCCACUAAUUUAUUCUACUAAUUUCGAGGUUCUGAAUGAGACUUUAGUUUAUUUUUUUUAUAAAUAUUCAAAGCUUCAAUUCGGGCGAUAAUAAUCUGAUAUAAGUACCAUCUGACAACAGCGCUAAAAUUUCCAAUGGUUUGUACGUCAUCCACAUCGCUGUGACACUAGCUUCUACCACCACCUCCUCCUCCACACAAGGCUAUUCAACCUUUUCCAAUAUGGCGGAGAUAGAAGUGCUUUAUUUGGCGCGUAUUUUAAACCCUGUUUUAUUUCCAAAUAGACAUUUUUCACACAAAUGUCGGGUU